UCAUUCAGCUCGGCUCGUCGAUCGAGAUGAGUCCUGGACAGCUUGUCGUCGGUCUUACGUUUGUAUUCUCGUUAAAGUUUGCUCAGACUUUUCUCCAGGUUUCAUCGUCUCUUCAACAAGUCAGUCGAUUCGUUUCAGUAAAAGCUGGAGAAAGUGUAACUCUGCAAUGUUUUUGUGACCCUAAUACAACUUCAAAGUUUAGCUGGUUCAAACUGUCAUUUGGACAGAAGCCAAAACUCAUUUCUAUUGCCUACAAGUACAACCCUGGAUCUUUUUAUAAUGAGUUCAAAGAUAAUCCUCGCUUCACCCAAGACAAUAAAGGAAAUCUAAAUAACCUGAAGAUUACUAAUCUGCAGCCCUCGGACUCAGGAAUUUAUUUCUGCAUCACCGGGAAUUCAAACAAGAUUGAGUUCGAUGGGGGCACCGUUGUUCACGUCGAAGAAUCAAGAUUAAACUUCCAGGCUUCGGUCCAGCAGUCAGAAACUGAGGUUUCCCAGCCAGGACUCUCUGUGACUCUUAACUGUACAGUACAAACUGGGAGCUGUGGUGGAGAGCACAGAGUUUACUGGUUCAGAAGCUCUGAGGAACAUUAUCCAGGACUAAUUUACACUCAUGAAGGGAGCAAUGAUCAGUGUGAGAGGAAGCCUGGGGAACAAGCUGAUAAAUGUGUGUUCAGUCUGCCAUUGAAGAACCUUACUGUGUCUCAUGGUGGGACUUACUACUGCGCUGUUGCCUCUUGUGGACAAAUACUGUUUGGAAACGGGACCAACCUGAAUGUGAAGACUGAGACAGACUCUGUGUAUCUCCUGACAGGAGCUUUGGUGUUCACCACGUUUCUAAGUGUUUCACAGGCCGUGUUGUUGUUCAUUCUCUACAAGAGAAACCACUCUAGAGACCCAGACUCUCAGUCCAGAAGGUCUUCUCCUUCAACAACCACUGCAGAAGGCGACCUAAAUGGGGAAAACCUUCAUUAUGCAGCGUUGAGGACGAGAAGAUUAACAGACCAGAAGAGCAGCAGAGCAUCAAGGCAGAGAAAUGAAAAACCUGACUGUGUGUACUCGUCUGUACAGAUGUAAAUGUGGAUAAUUGUCCAAUCAGUUAGUGCAGAAACAAAAUGUGAUUGCUUUGUAAAUCGGACCUUCAUUUUUUAAUUAUUUUUGUUCUAUGCUGAUUGUAUUUGACUCUUCACUCAUUUUGACUGAGCUAGAUCAUCGUUACUGACUCUGCUGACAUUUUUAAAGAUAAUUAACUUUACUAUAGUA